AUGCUUUCUUUAAAAUAUUUUUUUAAGAGAAAGAUUAAACUUUCCUCUCUUUUUUUUCUUGUUUUCUCUUCUUUUUUCUCCCCUUUUCUCCCGUUUUUUUUCUCUUUUUCCCGUUUUUUUCUCUCUCUUCCCCCCGUUUUUUUUCUCUCUCUCUUUCCCCGUUUUUUCUCUCUCUUUCCCCCCGUUUUUUUCUCUCUAUCUCUUUCCCCCCGUUUUUUUCUCUCUAUCUCUUUCCCCCCGUUUUUUUCUCUCUCUCUCUUUCCCCCAUUUUUUCUCUCUCUCUGUUUUUUCUCUCCCCAUUUUUUUUUUCUCUAUCUCUUUCCCCCGUUUUUUCUCUAUCUCUUUCUCCCAUUUUUUCUCUCUUCCCCCCGUUUUUCUCUCUCUUUUCCCCCGUUUUUUUCUCUCUAUCUUUUUCCCCCCUUUUUUCUCUCUAUCUCUUUCCCCCAUUUUUUUUUCUCUCUCUUUCCCCCCAUUUUUUUCUCUCUCUCUCUUUCCCCCAUUUUUCUCUCUCUCUUUCCCCCAUUUUUUCUCUCUCUCUCCCCCCUGUUUUUUCUCUCUCUCUCUUUCCCCCGUUUUUUCUCUCUAUCUCUUUCCCCGUUUUUCUCUCUAUCUCUUUCCCCAUUUUUUUCUCUAUCUCUCUAUCUCUUUCCCCCCGUUUUUCUCUCUCUCUUUCCCCCCGUUUUUCUCUCUAUCUCUCUUUUUUCUUUCUUUCCCCCGUUUUUUUCUCUCUCUCUCUUUCCCCCAUUUUUUUCUCUCUCUCUUUCCCCCCCAUUUUCUCUCUAUCUCUUUUUUUCUUUUUCUCUCUCUCUCUUUCCCCCAUUUUUUCUCUCUCUCUCUUUCCCCCAUUUUUCUCUCUCUCUCUUAUUUUUUCCCAUUUUUUCUCUCUCUCUCCCCCAUUUUUUCUAUCCCCCCCCGUUUUUCUCUCUCUCUCCCAUUUUUUCUCCCUCUUUCCCCCGUUUUUUCUCUCUAUCUCUUUCUCCCAUUUUUUUUUCUUCUCCCCCCGUUUUUCUCUCUAUCUCUUUUUCCCCCGUUUUUUUUCUCUCUCUCUUUCCCCCCAUUUUUUUCUCUCUCUCUUUUUCCCCCUUUUUUUCUCUCUCUCUCUUUCCCCCCCGUUUUUUUCUCUCUCUCUUUUAUCUCUUUUUCCCCCAUUUUUCUCUCUCUUUUCCCCCCCGUUUUUUUUUUUUUUCUCUCUAUCUCUUUUCCCCUUUUUUCUCUAUCUCUUUUCCCCCGUUUUUUCUCUCUUUCUCUUUUUCCCCGUUUUUUUCUCUCUCUCUUUCCCCCCCCAUUUUCUCUCUCUCUUUCCCCCCCCGUUUUUCUCUCUCUCUUUUCCCCCGUUUUUUCUCUCUAUCUCUUUCCCCCCCGUUUUCUCUCUAUCUCUUUCCCCCUGUUUUUUCUCUCUAUCUCUUUCCCCCGUUUUUUCUCCCCCCCCCCGUUUUUUUCUCUAUCUCUUUCCCCCCGUUUUUUUCUCUCUCUUUCCCCCGUUUUUCUCUCUCCUCUCCCCCGUUUUUCUUUCCCCCCAUUUUUUCCCCCUCUCUUUCCCCCCGUUUUUUUUCUCCCCCCCCGUUUUCUCUCCCCCCUGUUUUCUCCCAUCCUCUCCCCGUUUUUUUCCCCCCCGUUUUUUCCUCCCCGUCUCCCCCCCAAUUUUCUCUCUUUUUUUUUCCCUCUCUCCUAUUUUUUUUUUUUUUUUUUUUAUUUUCAUUUUCUUUAUUCUUUCUUUCCCUUUUUCUUCUUUCUUAUCCUGCAGAUACCAAAUCUGUAAAGAAAUAUGAAGAAGUACUAAAAAAUUCAUUACCAGAAAAAGAGGAACAAAUAAGUGGCAGAGAUUAUGUGCCUGGAGGCAGCACUGGGAAAAGCAGCUAUACCACCAACAGUGGUGGUGCUACCGCCAGUAGUACAAUUGAGGCUGCAGACAGUCAUGCCACCUCCAUUCCAUACAUAGAUUUGCAGGUGGUAGAGGAUUCUUACUCGUACUCUUCUGCAGUCUCUUCUUCUUCCACCUGUUCUUUCUCCACCUUUUCCCUUUCGGAUGACAAGUCUGCAGCAUCAUCGGCUACCGCUCGCUCGACUAUCACUGCCGAGGGGGUGGGCAGUGACGUGCAAUCGUCCCCAAUCGCCAAUGAGAUCCCAGUCCCUUUUUCAGAUACACUAUCAACUUCCACCAAUUCUACUACAAAAGUUGUGUCUGCUGCCCAGGUCCGUCCUGUUGUGAUUUCCACGUUUCCACGGACAAAAGACCCAUCAGACCAUCCAGAAAGCAAUAGCAUUGAUGGAGGGAUGGGAGAUUCAGUUCGGCCUCAGAACAUUCAAAUUGAAUUAGAAAAUUACAACCAAACUGCACCUCACAAUCAGCCAUACAUAGAUGAUCACAGUAUGUUAAGGUGUCGGAAAGAUGGAGACAGGCUAGAUGAACAUAGCUACAGAAGGUGUUUGAAGGAUGAAGACAGUGAUGAAAAUAGUGCAGAACCCCCAGAGGGAGAUGAAUUGUAUAAUAAUAGUGCAGCCUAUGAGGCUGUUCCUGCAUCUGAACCCAACUUGUCUUUAUUACCUAAGAAAAGUGCUCUGAAAAGGACUAUGGGUGUUGGAGGUGGAGCUGACUUGCUACCAUCACCAACUGCACGCUGUCAUCAAAUAGGGGCUGCAGCAGCCAUUCACAGUUUGUCACAAAAAGUGGACUUUUCUGACAGACCUGCCCAGAUUAUCCCCACAAUGACACACUCACCUCACUCAGUACCGUCAAACAAGAUUCCUCGACCAAAAGUCAGAGUUACUGUUACAGAUAAUGACAGUGAUAAAGAAAACCUCCCUGGCAAAGAUGGUUAUUAUCCUGACUAUGAUAAUUUACCUGGGGAUGAAGAUAGUGAUGAUGACGACUCUUCCUCUGAUGAUGGAGAUAUCCACUACAUCGACAAGGAUCCCAAUUCAUUAGGUGCAAAAGUAGCUCGUCAUGAUAGCCUGGCACGAUUUUUGAACAAUCGUCCAUCACGAAGGGAGCUUGUAGAGAAGAAUAUAAUUCCUACAAAAACAGAAAAAGAGAAGCAAGAAGACAGAGAGGCAAUUGGGACAAAACUGACAAGACAACUGACUCUUUUUUUUUUCUUUUUUUUUUCUUUUUCUUUUUUCUUUUUCUUCUUUUUCUUCUUUUUUCUUUUUCUUUUUCUUCUUUUUUCUUUUUCUUCUUUUUUCUUUUUCUUCUUUUUCUUUUUCUUCUUUUUUUUUUUUUUUUUCUUCUUUUUUCUUUUUCUUUUUUUUCUUUUUUCUUUUUUCUUUUUUUUUCUUCUUUUUCUUUUCUUUUUUUCUUUUUUUUCUUCUUUUUCUUCUUUUUUUUCCCCGACAGACGACUAUGAAUGCAAUUUUUUACCAUCAUUACCUCCUUCAUCACCGACAUCUUGUGCCACUUUGGUUAUUGUUGAAGAAACUCUGGGGCGGUUAAGCUUACGGCCCACACCUGAAGAACUUGAACAAAGAAAUAUCUUACAUAAUAAAUCAGCUGAAGAGGCCAAAAAAGAAAAAGAGGAGAAGAAACGAUUUCUCAUUCGGAAGCUAAGCUUCCGACCAAGUAUAGAUGAAUUGAAAGAAAGGAAAAUCAUUAAAUUUAAUGACUAUGUUGAAGUAACAGAAGCUCAGGACUAUGACCGGAGAGCAGAUAAACCUUGGACGAGGUUAACACCUAAAGAUAAGGCGGCAAUACGUAAAGAGCUCAAUGAAUACAAAAGUAAGGAAAUGGAAGUGCAUGAAGACAGUCGGCAUUUAACAAGAUUCCAUCGACCAUGA